CCAGGUCGCGCACAGCGCCCCUAGCCCAGGCGCCUCCCCGCCCCCCUCCCAGCGCUUGGCGGCGGCGGCGGUAGCAGUAGCAGCAACAUGGCUGUUGAUGGGUGUUCGGGGUGGCGCUGGCGGCGGGAGGAGCUCCCCCGAGCCCCUGCGCCGGCCGCCCGUUGCUAGCUAUGGCAAAUGGUGGCGGCGGCGGCAGCAGCAGCGGCGGCGGCGGCGGCGGAGGCAGCGGUCUUAGAAUGAGUAGCAAUAUCCACGCGAACCAUCUCAGCCUAGACGCGUCCUCCUCCUCCUCCUCCUCUUCUUCCUCCUCCUCCUCUUCCUCCUCGUCCUCGGUCCACGAGCCCAAGAUGGAUGCGCUCAUCAUCCCGGUGACCAUGGAGGUGCCGUGCGACAGCCGGGGCCAACGCAUGUGGUGGGCUUUCCUGGCCUCCUCCAUGGUGACUUUCUUCGGUGGCCUCUUCAUCAUCUUGCUCUGGCGGACGCUCAAGUACCUGUGGACCGUUUGCUGCCACUGCGGGGGCAAGACGAAGGAGGCCCAGAAGAUUAACAAUGGCUCCACCCAGGCUGAUGGCACUCUCAAGCCAGUGGAUGAGAAAGAGGAGGCGGUGGCAGCCGAGGUCGGCUGGAUGACCUCCGUGAAGGACUGGGCCGGGGUGAUGAUAUCCGCCCAGACGCUGACCGGCAGAGUCCUGGUUGUGUUGGUCUUUGCUCUCAGCAUUGGUGCACUUGUGAUAUACUUCAUAGAUUCGUCAAACCCAAUAGAAUCCUGCCAGAAUUUCUACAAAGAUUUCACAUUGCAGAUCGACAUGGCUUUCAACGUGUUCUUCCUUCUCUACUUUGGCUUGCGGUUUAUUGCAGCCAAUGAUAAGCUGUGGUUCUGGCUGGAAGUGAACUCUGUGGUAGAUUUCUUCACGGUCCCUCCUGUGUUUGUGUCUGUGUACUUAAACAGAAGCUGGCUGGGUUUGAGAUUUUUAAGAGCUCUCAGACUGAUACAGUUUUCAGAAAUUCUGCAGUUUCUGAAUAUCCUUAAAACAAGUAAUUCCAUCAAGCUGGUGAAUCUGCUCUCCAUAUUUAUCAGCACGUGGUUGACUGCAGCCGGCUUCAUCCAUUUGGUGGAGAAUUCAGGGGACCCAUGGGAAAAUUUCCAAAACAACCAGGCUCUUACAUACUGGGAAUGUGUCUACUUACUCAUGGUCACAAUGUCCACUGUUGGUUAUGGGGAUGUUUAUGCAAAAACCACGCUUGGGCGCCUCUUCAUGGUCUUCUUCAUCCUCGGGGGACUGGCCAUGUUUGCCAGCUACGUCCCUGAAAUCAUAGAAUUAAUAGGAAACCGCAAGAAAUACGGGGGCUCCUAUAGCGCGGUUAGUGGAAGAAAGCACAUUGUGGUCUGUGGACACAUCACUCUGGAAAGUGUUUCCAACUUCCUGAAGGACUUUUUGCACAAGGAUCGGGACGAUGUCAACGUGGAGAUCGUCUUUCUUCACAACAUUUCCCCUAACCUGGAGCUUGAAGCUCUAUUCAAACGACAUUUUACUCAGGUGGAAUUUUAUCAGGGUUCAGUCCUCAAUCCGCAUGAUCUUGCAAGAGUCAAGAUAGAGUCAGCAGAUGCGUGUCUCAUCCUUGCCAACAAGUACUGUGCUGACCCAGAUGCAGAAGAUGCCUCCAACAUCAUGAGAGUAAUCUCCAUAAAGAACUACCACCCGAAGAUCAGAAUCAUCACUCAGAUGCUGCAGUAUCACAACAAGGCCCAUCUGCUAAACAUCCCUAGCUGGAAUUGGAAAGAGGGCGAUGACGCAAUCUGUCUCGCGGAGCUGAAGUUGGGUUUCAUAGCCCAGAGCUGCCUGGCUCAAGGCCUCUCCACGAUGCUCGCCAAUCUCUUCUCCAUGAGGUCAUUCAUAAAGAUUGAGGAAGACACAUGGCAGAAAUACUACUUGGAAGGAGUGUCCAAUGAAAUGUACACAGAAUAUCUCUCCAGUGCCUUCGUGGGUCUGUCCUUCCCUACUGUUUGUGAGCUGUGUUUUGUGAAGCUCAAGCUCCUAAUGAUAGCCAUUGAGUACAAGUCCGCCAACCGAGAGAGCCGAAGCCGAAAGCGUAUAUUAAUUAAUCCUGGAAACCACCUUAAGAUCCAAGAAGGUACUUUAGGAUUUUUCAUCGCAAGUGAUGCCAAAGAAGUUAAAAGGGCAUUUUUUUACUGCAAGGCCUGUCAUGAUGACAUCACAGAUCCCAAAAGAAUUAAAAAAUGCGGCUGCAAACGGCUUGAAGAUGAGCAGCCGUCGACGCUAUCACCCAAAAAAAAACAACGCAACGGGGGCAUGAGGAACUCGCCCAACUCCUCGCCAAAGCUGAUGAGGCAUGACCCCUUGUUAAUUCCUGGCAAUGAUCAGAUUGACAACAUGGACUCCAACGUGAAGAAGUAUGACUCUACAGGGAUGUUUCACUGGUGCGCACCCAAGGAGAUCGAGAAAGUCAUCCUGACUCGAAGUGAAGCCGCCAUGACUGUCCUGAGUGGCCAUGUUGUGGUCUGCAUCUUUGGUGAUGUCAGCUCAGCCCUGAUUGGCCUCCGGAACCUGGUGAUGCCACUCCGUGCCAGCAACUUUCAUUACCAUGAGCUCAAGCACAUUGUGUUUGUGGGCUCCAUAGAGUACCUCAAGCGGGAAUGGGAAACGCUUCAUAACUUCCCCAAAGUGUCCAUAUUGCCUGGUACGCCAUUAAGUCGGGCUGAUUUAAGGGCUGUCAACAUCAACCUCUGUGACAUGUGCGUUAUCCUGUCAGCCAAUCAGAAUAAUAUUGAUGAUACUUCGCUGCAGGACAAGGAAUGCAUCUUGGCGUCACUCAACAUCAAAUCUAUGCAGUUUGAUGACAGCAUCGGGGUCUUGCAGGCUAAUUCCCAAGGAUUCACACCUCCAGGAAUGGACAGAUCCUCUCCGGAUAACAGCCCAGUGCACGGGAUGUUACGCCAGCCAUCCAUCACCACUGGGGUCAACAUACCCAUCAUCACUGAACUAGCUAAACCGGGCAAGUUGCCUUUGGUAUCAGUCAAUCAGGAAAAAAACAGUGGAACACACAUUCUAAUGAUAACUGAACUGGUGAAUGAUACUAAUGUUCAGUUUUUGGACCAAGAUGAUGACGAUGACCCCGACACAGAACUGUACCUCACGCAGCCCUUUGCAUGUGGGACAGCAUUUGCCGUCAGCGUCCUGGACUCACUCAUGAGCGCGACGUACUUCAAUGACAAUAUCCUCACCCUGAUAAGGACCCUGGUGACCGGAGGGGCCACGCCAGAGCUCGAGGCUCUUAUUGCUGAGGAGAAUGCACUUCGAGGGGGCUAUAGCACCCCCCAGACGCUGGCCAAUAGGGACCGCUGUCGUGUGGCUCAGUUGGCUCUGCUGGAUGGGCCGUUUGCAGAUUUAGGGGAUGGUGGUUGUUAUGGUGAUCUGUUCUGCAAAGCUCUGAAAACAUAUAAUAUGCUUUGUUUUGGAAUUUACCGGCUCAGAGAUGCCCACCUCAGCACCCCUAGUCAGUGCACGAAGAGGUAUGUCAUCACCAACCCCCCGUAUGAGUUCGAGCUUGUGCCGACGGACCUGAUCUUCUGCUUAAUGCAGUUUGACCACAACGCCGGCCAGUCCCGGGCCAGCCUGUCCCAUUCCUCCCACUCAUCACAGUCCUCCAGCAAGAAGAGCUCCUCUGUUCACUCCAUCCCAUCCACAGCAAACCGGCAGAACCGGCCCAAGUCCAGGGAGUCCCGGGACAAACAGAAUGCAACAAGGAUGAAUAGAAUGGGCCAAGCAGAAAAGAAAUGGUUUACAGAUGAACCGGAUAAUGCCUAUCCCAGAAACAUUCAAAUCAAGCCCAUGAGUACCCACAUGGCUAACCAGAUCAACCAAUAUAAAUCCACAAGCAGCUUGAUUCCUCCAAUCAGAGAAGUUGAAGAUGAAUGUUGACUCCCAGGAGACCAGAACUAUUUUUUUAAAGCCUGACAAACUUCAUAAAUGGUGAUGUGACUUUUCUUCCUCCUACAUGCUGACUCACUGGUGGAGAUGUUAGGAUAAGCAAGAAUUGCAAGAAAAUAAAGUAGAAAGAUCUUUCUCUUUGUCUGCCUUGAAUAUUGCUUCCAUGUAUUUUGGAAAAGAAAAUGAUUUCAUUUAUAAAUGAACAUACUAAAAUAGUCAUGUAUAGCCUCUAGUAUUUUAAAUUAUUUUUAUUUAUUAGAAAGAAAAUAUAUUUUUUCUUUUUUUCCCCAUUGUCAGAUAUCUUCCCUAUAUCAAAACAAUGCAAAAUCAAAAUGAAUGAGUGGCCAGACUCCUUGAUGCCUAUUUCUCUUCUUUCUCUCUUUUUCUUUGAGGAGAAUGAUGGUCACUACCACCAUUAAUUAUAAUUAAAGGGAAUGGAUUAUUAAAACAAUUUUAAAAUGGUCAACAGUGUAUACAUGUAUUUUAGUAAAUCCAGAAAAGAGGACAAAAGAGGGUAGGUAACUACCUGCUCCUCUCCUGGAUGGGUGUGUAUUUGGAUCUGCAUUGACACCAGCUCUUAAUAAAUGGAAACUUAUUUAUUUUCACAAUUGAAAGUAAAAUUUUUGUAGUUUUAGUUUUCCUUCUGUAUUUCUCAUCCCUCUGUUCAUAUAUCUAAAGUGAAGACCUUCUUCCAGCUCUUCUAUGAUUUCCAGAUCAGAUUUAGCCAGCCAAUUAUACUGGGAAGGUUGGGCCUGCCUGGGAUGUGGAAGUUGAGAUUCACUCAAGACAUGGCUCUGUUGGUUGUUCUAAUAGUGGGGACUCCUACACGUUGUUCUGCUUCUCAUUUCAUAUUUCCAAACCACAUGAGCAAGUAAUUUCAACUUUGGGUGCAGCCGGUGAACUUUCUUUCCCACCCUAAGACUCAGAGCUUUUAGCCUGAAAGUUUGUAAACACUAAUGAGCAGUAGUUUCAAAAAUAGAAACUCAGAGGCACUCAUUUUUCUCAUUGAGUAUUUUUUUUUAAAGCCAGAAAAAUUCCAUGACCAAGGAGGCAACUUUUGACCAGAUUUUAAUCUAUUUAUUGGCUUUUCAGAUUUAGUUACUAGGACAAAACACACAAACUUGCUAACAUGAUUUUUAAAAUAACAACAAAAAGGAAAGCAACAAAUGCACUUAACAUAGACUGUUAGAAAAAGGCCUUUGAAAAUUACCAGCAAUGAAAUAAAAUGUAUCAGCCACUGCAAACGGUGGUCAAAGAUUUUUCUAGCCAUCAGAUGCAAUCAUGAUGUCUCAGAGCUCUGCUGUCACUUGCAUGCUCAGUGUCUAGAUGCCACCACCACUGUUCUGUUCCAACAACUCAGCAAGUGUCUCAACUUCAAAAUUAUCCAUCUUGCAUAUGCUCAUCAGGGUCUCUGGAGAAGCAUGAAUGUGAUAGUGAUUUUAAUUUUCUUAAAAAUGUAAACUGUGGACACUUAACCAAAAUAACCAAAAUUUCCUUUAAAGUCCCAUGAUAUCUAUUCCAUUCACUCUGUAGGUCAUGACCCUGUGGUACCUAGUGAUGGUAGUGCAAAUCAGAUCAGAGCAAAGCAAUGAGAUCACAUGAAAACAUAUGUCCACUGAGUACUCCAAUUACCAACGUAGGCAAAAUGAGCUUCCACCUCUGUCCACUCCCUGCAGAGCCAAUCUAGUUGUGCUUCCACGUCGUAGGCAUCGUCCUGCAGUGACUUGUCAGACUGUGGUUACUCUGUUGUCACCUUUCGUAGAAUUAGUUCUAUAAAAGUAUUGUGAAUAUAACGUACGUCCAAUUGGAUUGUUAAAAAACUACUUAUAAUCAAUCACUAGUCAGCAGACUAAAAUGAUGUCAACACACUAUAUCCAGGCUUAUAAACAUUUCCUGGUUUCCAACAGAAGUCAAACAUGUUCCUGGGGACAAUCCCCUGCUAGAUAAUUGACAGCUUUCCUGAAAGCUAGGCCUUCUUUUACAUAAUGAUUUUUGCAAUGGGGUCACCUUAGUACAUUUGCACGUGCACGCUCUUCUUUCCUUCAUGAACCGUAGUGGGCCCUAUUUCACUCUUGUUCCUAAUCACCACCUCUGAAUGUGCUGUAGCUCAUUGGUCUCCUCUGGCAGGCAAGGGUAACCAUUGAAAGAAUCUUCUAUUAGAGGAAUAUGGGGCAGAGUGCUCCAUGUAAUCCCCUCAUCCCUGCCCCUUCAUACCUAGGAAGGCUGGAAACAGAAGUGUAAACUCCACUCUAAGUCAAGUCCCCUUAUGUAUAGAGAUUUGAAUCUAAACUUUAAAAACGAAACAAAACAAAACAAAAAAACCCAUAAUGGCAAAAAUAGCUUCCCACGGUGAAGGGCUCCUUGGUUCAUCAAGCAUCCUCCAAAACCAAGGUGGUAGAAAUACAUUUUCUUCUAAUGUAGAGCAAUAAGUUCAUGCUGUUUCACCUUUAGAUAAUGAAUUGCACUGGGCCAGAAAGCAAAAGCAGGCAUUUCUUUAAAAAAGAGGUAUGGGCAAAAUCUAUAGGUAGUGGCCCCUUGACAAAAAUUGGCACCUGGUAAGUUGAAAGUGAAAUGGAAACAAAAAUAAAAUCUAUAGCAUCCCUAGGGUGCUCAAGGAAAUACCUUGAUUUAUAUGUCUGUUGAGUUCUUUGUCCCUGAGCCCUCAUCCAUCUGUGCUGUGAAAGACUAUCUUGCCACCUACAUCCACCUGAGGCCAGUGGUGAUCUUCUUUGGCAUAGUCUUUGCUAUAGGGAUCUGAUCUCCCAUCCCAGUCCAGGGUUCCAGAAAAGCCAUUUUCUCAAACUAGUACAACUUGGGUUCUUGGUAGUCAGACUCACCAACAGGCUGUUUAUAAAGCAAAAAACCUACCUAGAAGUUCAUCUGAACCAGCAUCACCUUUAUCAUUGAGCGAAUAAUUAUUUUUCUAAGUUAUUUUAUAUUUGAGAAUAUUGUUUUGAACCAAUAUAAAACACAUUAAAUAAGAGUGUGACUAAUGCAUGUUGGGGAACACUCAGGAGUGCCUUCCUCCUAAGAGUUAUGACAUCUUAAGAUAUACUUUAUAAAAAAAGAAAUUGAUGGAAGAACACUUCAAAUAAACAAAGAAUUAUAGCUGCUUGGUUGGGGUUAGAAAGGGGGCAAAUGAGAAUCCAUAUAAAAUUAGGGACAUUUUCAUGUGGGAAGCAAAUGUGUCCUACUGAUAGUCUCAGGGUUCAAGAGCAACAUCUGCAUAAAACUAGUUAUGAACUUUGAAAAUGUAUUUUAAGCUUCCCAAGUCUCAAUGACCUUAAAAUGAAGGUAAUUCAUAGAGAUGGCUCCAAGGUCCUUCUCGGAUCUGAGAGGUCAUGAUCUAAAGUAGGAGUGGGAUCAUAGGAGGGGCUGCCUGUCCUUGUGCAGCCCCUUGGAGUCAAUCUUGUCCAGGGUUGUACAGGGUUGGAUGGUCCAUCCAGCUAUAUCACCCAUGUGGAAUUCCUGACCUGAAGAUAGUAUAUGUUUUCUGCUCUGGACAUAGGCUGGUCAGGUUCAUUCCUAUGCUUUCAGUUUGGAAGACUGUUAGAUUCAAGAUGCAAAAUUAUAAGUUCAAAUUCACCUGAAUUGCAUUGAUCCAAUUGUUCUGCCUGUUUCUAGGGUUGCAUUCUCAAUCUCAUCCCUACCUUCCCUUUCCCUUGGUUCAAGGCCCAGUUUUGACUAAUUCCCUCAUAUCUAGCCCACACCUCCAAUGUCCAGUAUGUAGUUAGAGAUUUGAGACUCCUCCAAUUCCUGACAUUAUGCCUAUUUAUGUUUUCCCAUGUAGAUCUGGGCUUCAGGAAGUAAUCAGUCUUACUCCUCAUUUAAUUUCCUCUGUAUUUGAUUUUUUUCAUUAAUAUACCAAAUAUCUCUUUGUAAUUUUGGUCUGUCAUUUUAAUUGUCAAAGAGAACCUCACUGAAAGAAUGAAAGACUGAGAAGAGGAAGAAAGAUAGAAAGAGAGAAAAAGACUAUUCAUUAAAUUGGGAUGUGAGCCACCUUGACAUGUGUUCAGCUUGGACACUGAAUUUCAGUACAUAAUCUGUCCUUUUCUAUUCUGUUCCUAUAUGUUGCUUUUGUAAUGAUGAUAAAGCCACCAAUCACCAGGGCCCUUGAAAAGUGUUCACUGAUUAGGACUUGACCCACUUUCUUUAGAAAACAAAAUAAAGAGAAUUCACUUUUAAACUUCCUGACAACAGAUUUCCUACCCAUCUCCUAUUCAUGCUGUGUUGCCAAAGAGCAUUUUUCUUCUACCCACCAGAGAUGAUUCAAGAUUUAAAUCCCAUCAUCAUUAAAGGAACUGAUAAGGUCCUUUGACUUUAUUUAUGAGAGAGUCAUAGUUAGAAAUGAUUUCUAGCUGAUCUGUAUUAGUGUGGCCAUGCUGAUUAUUCAAGUAGAGUCCAUCCUGAUUACUUGCUGCCCAUGUAGUACCAGUUGUGAAUAAUUUCACUAUAGUCAUAAAAUAAGACAAUGCAGAGAAAUUUAAAAUUUUAUUUCUCAAUGGACUACAGAAUCUACUUUGUCAUUCUUUCGGUGAACUUGUUUAAACCUUUAUGUGCUCAAAGUUAGCAACCCCUUGAGCCCCACAAUUCUUGAAGGUUUCACAAUAUUGUAGUCCCACAUGGCUAGACUGGAGAAAGAAUUCUGAGUCAGACUAUCUUUACAGAACUUCCUCUUUUGUUGCUUAAUUUUAGCAUGAAAAUGGAUCUGUGACUCUUUAUCUAAAGGGGAAACUCAGGACUUACAUUAAAGAACUGGGAAGAAAGAACAAAAUGAAAGAGGUACAGGCAGUAUUUUAUGGUACCCUGAGCCAAGAGCAUGCAAGUGCUGCCAAGAGCUAGAGCUUGGAUUUGAAGGGAAGAAAAGGUUGCAUUGACCAGUGGGCUUGGAAGAAUGCAAGGAAUAUAAUGUUUGAUGAGCUUUGGAGGUAUUUCAAUGGAAAAUAGGAAACCGGACCGUAAAGACGUAGAUUAUGAGUACUUUUCACAGAGAAGGAUUAAUGGGCUACAGUGCAUUGGUAGGAAUGUGAUUUCAAGACCACUAGCUAGACCACUUUGUCCACACUGAUAAGUGUGUAGGGGAGCUAAUAAAAACUAAAAUGAGACCUGAUGGAAAGGACAAGUAGUUCAAGGACCAAACUAAAAAGUUUAGAGUUUAUUUUAAAAGUCAUAGAGAGCCAAUAAAGGUUUUAAACAAAGAGCCUGUGCAUUGUUUAGGUUGAAAAUUGAGAUGUUGGUUAUGUCUGGAUAUCUCAGAGAAAGUGUGGACUCUGUGGCUCAGCAUUCCCUCAGCAGCAUGAAGUCCUAAGGGCUGUGCAUCCAUACUGAUCACUCACCAUGUGCGCACUCUGCUCCCUGUUGUGGGGCAUAUGAACACAGAUGUCCUGCACUAUUUAAUUAUUAGAAUGUCAGCCACAGAUCCAUGAAAAAAACUAAAGGGAAGGAGUAGGUUUUUACAUAUUUUUAAAAACAUCUUCCAAUUAUACUAUUUUCUGGGCAUUAAUAUAAGAACAUGAGAUAGGCCAUCAACAAAUUGUACAGCAUGAUUAUUAGUCUAGAAGUGCCAGGUAUGGAUUCCUGUUAUUAAAACAUCCUGCCAAGUAAUCAGGUAGCCACUGCUCAGUAACCAUUUAGUAAAUAUUUGGAAAGGAAAUGGGACAGGGCAGUGGGAUGAGUACAGUGUAAGUCCUCCUAUAAUCCAACCUAUACCAGAAACACGUAGAGCCUUUAGAGAUAGCACCACCUUACAGUAAUAGCAGGAGUUAGAACAAGGGAGAUGUGCUAUGGUUUGAAGUGGUUCAGCAAGAAGGGCUUAGGAGUUAGGUCAGUAGAGAGACAGCAUCGCAGGGCUAAAGACAGGACCAUCUGGUAUAUGGUAGUACAGGUGAUGUUAAUCAGUAACAGCUAAUGGAGAUUUAUUGAGUAGCCACCGAUUGUUCAUUGUCUGGUAAAACUUUUAGAGAAAGCUAACACACCUGUCUAACUAGGAACACAAGACACACAUAUAUGAAGAAGAGCAUGUUGCAUAAAACAGGUGUUCUAUAAAUACUUUUUGAAUAUAUGAAAAUAGUGAGCAGUGAAUAUGGUCCUCAGUGAAUAUGGCUGAGGAUGCUUGGCUGGGGUUGCAGGGCUGGGUGUUGGUAUCAGGCUAUAGGUUAUAGGAAAAGGUUUCUUGUGAAAGUAAUGCUUCAUUCAGACCUUAAGGGCAGAGCCAUGCAGAGGACUAGAAAGAAGAAAAGAGGACUGCAAGGGGAAUGACCCAAUGCAGACAUCUGGGAAAUGUGCUGCAUGCAUCCAGAGUAGAAGGGGCAGAGAGCCAUUCAUAAGGGAAGACCCCAUAAGCAGAGGGUGGAGAAGGAGCAGCUGAGGUUGAAGCAGACCUCAUAGAUGUAGGAACCAGGUCCUUACAGAGUCCGAAACAGAAGGAGCUUGGAUGAAUUCUCCAAAAGAGAAAGUAUAGGUUUGGAAGAUCAGUUGGUAGAACUGUUUGGGAGGUGAAACCAUAACUUCAGGGGCUUAAAAAGAGCAAAAUAAACUGAUGUUCUUGGAAUAAGAGAUCUGGUACUCAAGUACCAGGGAAAAGGAAACAAGAGAGAAAAAUUCUGAGAGGCUGAGUCUUUUAUGAGUGCAGAGAUGAGGGGAUUGGAGAUAGUGACUCAGAUGUAAAGUACUCACUGGAAGGAAGGCAGCACCUUUGCUUGUUUGUCUUUAUCUCCAGAGCUUGGCACAAAGCCUGGUCUGGAUGGAAAGACAGCUGGCCACUUUGGGUUACUCUGGACACCUGGGAAAUGGAGGGAGCACAGGACACAUCAGUUGCUGGCACUCUUUUCUGGAGGAUUCAAAACAGAGUGAUCUUGAUGUGGCCCUUCUUUCAUCUCCUAUUCAUGUCACUUCAUUGCUCCUCGUCCCUCCUUGCAGAGUGCACACUGGCAGCUUUAGUUUUAGGGAUGUUAAGACAAAUGCUACAAUCAUCUUGCUUUGAUGGCUUUUCUGAACUGGGAAUAUAAGGAGAGAUGUUUUGGCCAGAUGAAAAAUGACCUUAUUUCUAGGUAAAAUUUAAAUGUAUCCCCUUGAGGACUUCUGUGUUUCCUCUUGUCCUCUACCUUGCUUUUCAGCAGAACAGGGAUGAAAGGGACACCAAAGCUCUCCAAGGCCUGCCUUAGGAUGCACUGCUGGCCCCACGAUAGAUGUCCCUAUGCAUCACACACGCCUGCCAGAGACCCCAGAGCUUCCCUCACGUGGGAUUUAGGGUCACUGUGAGAAGGCAGUUGCAAGGAAAGGAGGCCUGCUAAUAAGGGGGACCAAGCCCCACUUCUACACUAAACCAGAGCCCUGCUGCCCCAGAGCGACUCCUUCUCUCCCCUUCCUUGCACUGAACACGUGUUUGACCAGAACUGCAACAUUUCAAACAUAAAGCAAGAUCUGCCUGGAAAUCCUAAUUAAAAGUGUUCCGCUCCCAAGUGGCACAGUCACAUCCUGCCUAAAGCUUCUGGCCCGCAUCCCACCACCCAGAAAACAUCCCCCCACUUAACCCCAAACCCUGUACUCCAAGUUUCCACAGGGGACAAAGGAGGAAAAAAAAAGGUGCACAUAAGCAGAGGUCAGCCCCCAGGUUCAUUAAGGAAAAAGAGCGUGGCUUAUUCAUCUGUCUUUCACACUUUGAUCGCUGGCAUGAUGAUUGUGGUUAUGAUGAAUUACUAUGACUGAACAGGAAUUGGAGAAGAGAAUAAAUGCUGGUGCUCUGAAAUGACCUGCCCAACUCUGUCAUCUGUAACAACCAGUGAUAACUCUCUCGUCUUGUAAAAAGGGUUUGUACAUAACUUGUACAUGGUUUCAUUUUUGU